GCAGAUUAUUGCCAGCUCAGUCCUGUGAGGGUAGAGGAAUGCAAGGUGCUGGCAGCGCCGGGAGCCGCGGCCAUGGAAUCCAGCAUUUGUUACGCAGCAGCAGCUGAAGCGGGCUGGCUCGGCACAAGGGGCAGAGUCCAUAUGCAGGGUAGGAGCUGCAGGAAGAGACCACCGUGGGAGAAGAUAAGAGGCACACAAAGAAGAGACGGGGCGAGCGAUAGGACUGCAUCCGCUCCCGUAGGAAAUCUGAGGAAGACAAUUAUCUGGAAUAAGCUCCCGCUUUCUUUUUUUCUGUUUUUUUUUUUUUGUUUGUUUGUUUUUUAAUUUUAAAUUCACCUCAACCAAACGCUGCUGGAGAAGAGGUUGUGUUUAAAUUACUUCAGCUAAUUCUUGCUGCUUCCACGACGAAGAAAAUUUGUUUGCCAUGGUGAAAGAAAAAGUGGCCCAUCCUCAAGAGCCCCAUCACCCAACUGAAAAGCCAGUCAUCCACUGCCAUAAGUGUGGAGAGCCAUGUAAAGGUGAAGUACUCCGUGUUCAGUCCAGACACUUCCACAUCAAAUGCUUCACCUGCAAAGUGUGUGGCUGUGACUUGGCACAAGGAGGCUUUUUCAUUAAGAAUGGGGAAUACCUUUGCACCUUGGAUUACCAGCGCAUGUAUGGUACCCGCUGCAACGGGUGUGGGGAGUUUGUUGAAGGAGAAGUAGUGACAGCUCUGGGAAAAACUUACCAUCCAAACUGCUUUGCCUGUACAGUUUGCAAGCGUCCAUUUCCACCAGGUGAUCGAGUUACCUUUAAUGGAAGGGACUGUCUCUGUCAGCUGUGUGCUCAGCCAAUGUCCUCCAGCCCUAAAGAACUGUCUGCCUCAAGCAAUUGUGCUGGCUGUGGAAGAGACAUAAAAAAUGGACAAGCAUUGCUAGCUCUUGAUAAGCAGUGGCACCUGGGGUGCUUUAAGUGCAAGGCCUGUGGGAAGGUCCUGACUGGGGAAUACAUCAGCAAAGAUGGUGCUCCUUAUUGUGAAAAGGACUAUCAGGUUCUUUUUGGAGUCAAGUGUGAAGCAUGUCACCAAUUCAUUACUGGGAAAGUACUAGAGGCAGGUGACAAGCAUUAUCAUCCCAGCUGUGCACGAUGCAGCAGGUGCAACCAAAUGUUCACAGAAGGAGAAGAAAUGUAUCUGCAAGGUUCCACUGUCUGGCAUCCCGACUGUAAGCAAUCCACUAAGACUGAAGAUAAGCUACGGCAUUCCUCAUCUGAGUUCUUUUAUCCAAAGAGUCUGGUUCUGCGCAGACCACGCUCUGCAGAGCUAUUAUCACCGCCUUGCAUAAUGAACUCUAUCAAAAAACUAAGGCAGCCUACCAGAACAUCAUCAGAAAGCAUUUAUUCCAGGCCAGGUUCCAGUAUACCUGGCUCACCGGGCCACACUAUCUAUGCAAAAGUAGACAAUGAGAUCCUUGAUUACAAGGAUUUAGCAGCCAUUCCCAAAGUCAAGGCCAUUUAUGACAUUGAACGUCCAGACCUAAUUACUUAUGAGCCAUUCUACACUUCCGCCUACGAGGACAGACAGGAGAGACAGAGUCUUGGAGAGUCUCCACGGACAUUAUCACCUACCCCUUCAGCAGAAGGUUAUCAAGAUGUUCGGGAUCGCAUGAUUCACAGGUCUACUAGUCAGGGCUCUAUUAAUUCUCCAGUGUACAGUCGCCAUAGCUACACGCCCACCAUGUCACGCUCCCCUCAGCAUUUCCACAGACCCGAGCUGCUCUCUACUGGUGUGCAGCGGUUGUCAUACCUGCGCACUAGCAGUCUCAGCUCCGCUCACCAUGACUCCCGCCCCAACUCCCCCUUCCGACACCACUUCAUCCCCCAUGUCAAAGGCAAUGAGCCGUCCAGCGGUCGGAACUCCCCUGUCCCCUAUCGGCCAGACAGCCGCCCUCUCACUCCAACUUACGCUCAGGCCCCUAAACAUUUCCAUGUUCCAGACCAAGGUGUCAACAUUUACAGAAAGCCACCAAUCUACAAGCAACAUGAUGCAGCUGCUUUGGCAGCACAGAGCAAGUCCUCCGAGGAUAUCAUCAAGUCCUCCAAGUUCCCAGCAGCUCAUGCACCAGCACCCAACGAGAUACCAAAGAUUGAGACGGACCACUGGCCAGGUCCUCCCUCCCUUGCAGCCAUAGCAGGAGCAGACAUGAGACGCAGGUCAAGUGGAAGAGAGGAAGAUGAUGAGGAGCUACAGAGACGUCGGCAGCUGCAGGAGGAGCAGCUCAUGAAGCUUAAUUCUGGUCUUGGACAAUUGAUACUGAAGGAAGAGAUGGAAAAGGAGAGGUCAGCCUUUUCUGCCGGUCGUUAUGAUUCUCCAGCCCACGCUUCAGCCUCCAAAACCUCUUCUCUUCCUGGCUAUGGAAAAAAUGGACUUCACAGGCCGGUGUCUACAGACUUUGGUCAGUACAACAGUUAUGGGGACGUGAGUGGUGGGGUUAGAGAUUUCCAGUCCCUUCCGGAUGGUCAUGUCCCUGGAAUGAGAAUGGACAGAGGAGUAUCUAUGCCUAACAUGUUGGAGCCAAAGAUUUUUCCAUAUGAAAUACUCAUGGUGACCAACAGAGGGCGAAAUAAAAUACUAAAAGAUGUAGACAGAACCAGGCUGGAGCGUCACUUAGCACCUGAAGUUUUCCAAGAGAUAUUUGGCAUGACGAUACAGGAGUUUGACAAGUUACCUCUCUGGAGACGCAACGACAUGAAGAAAAAAGCAAAACUCUUUUAAUCUCCCUUUAAACAAACAACUAAAAAUGACGUGUAGGAUGUUGUAUCCUGCAAUCCAAACUAUUUGGAAGCAUCCACUUACCCAUUAAAAAGGGAAAACCGCAUAGUGGCACCUCUACACACAGCAGUUGAACAAGAUGAACCUUUGCCCUCCUGCAACACAGGGAGAAAAUAUCUGGGCUCAGAAACAACAAUGAUAAUUUUCAGAGGUGUCGGCCUUUUACAUGAUAAAUAUACAAGAUAGGAAACUUUUCUUCUCCCUCAGUGAUAUUCCCUUUACUUCUCUCCAUAACAAGAUGGAACUUUAUUGCUAGAGCCAGGAAGUGCCCUUAGGAUGCCUUGUAGACUAAAGUAGUUGUAACCACUCCAAGAACUGGAAAAGAAAAAAAAAUAUAUAUAUAUAUAAUAUAUAUAUAUGUAUGUGUGUUUGUGUGUGUGCGCACAUGUAUUUAUAUCUACUCAUCUGUGUAUGUAUGUGUAUAUAUGUGUAUAUAUGGAGAGAAAGACAGAUACUCCAUAGUGAAGGAGAAGCCCUUUGUAACACAUCCAUAUGGUCACGUCCAGUCUUUCACACAACUGUUUCUUCACCGGCAGUCUUUUGAAACUGCAUCUUUGUGUGAUACUAUCUGCAGAGGUGGGCACUUUGCUCACCUACAUGCAUACCAGUUGAAUUCUCAGAAAGCAGACUCCUUGUACUUGUAUAUAUUUGCUAGGAUGUAGGAAGUGAAUUGCUGUGUCUGUUGUCGGUCUUCCCUCUUCCACACUUUCUGCUUGAAUUAAUAAGGCUGGAGCUUAACCAGUCAAAUAAUGUAAGAUCACCUGAGUAAUGGGAAUGAUGGAGAAGAGUCAGUUUUCUUGUAAUUUAGUCCAACAGAUGGGUAGCUGAAGGUGGGAAUGAUAGAGUGAGAAAAUGCUUUUUUAAGUGUGCCCUGGUUCACACCCAGAGAUUUUGGACAGACUCCUUUCUAGUAAUUAAUUACUAGGUACAGCUCCUUAGACUGCAGUGGAUUUUACAUCAGCAGGGAAGGUGGUUCUCUGCGAGUCAACAUAAAUUAUCAUCCCUUUUUAGGAGGAAUGUUUAUGAAUUGAAAGGUACCACCAAGGUGCCGUGCUCUGCCAAUAGAGACUAUCUGAUUAAAUUGCAGUUGCUGUUGUCAGUAUGGCACAGUGCAUGGGGCCAAGCAUCCCUUUUUAGUUAAAGUAGUUUUUCACUUCUGCUUGGGAAGGAAGGUGCAGUAUCUUUUUUUUUUUCCUCUCUUGAAGCUUCAAAGCUCCAGCCUUGGUUAUUUUUAUUUCCCUUUGUGCCUGACUUGGUUUAUGAAGACAGAGAAAUCAUGCAAGGUGGUUUCUGAGCUGCGUUGAACUUUUUAUUGCUUUCAGUCUUCUUCCACUAUAUUGCAGCUUGAAAAAUAACUGCCUAUAUAUAUAUAUAUAUAUAUAUCUUAACUGCUUCUGGGCAGGUCCUAUACAGAGAAGGACAUGAGCACCAAAGUAACUGAAUGAAUGCAUUGUGGCUGCAGCAUCAGCUUUUUCUCUUCUUGAUGCUUAACUGCCAAUGCAAACUGCACUAAUGACCAUCUCCUAGUAUUGGAGAAAGUCAUUUAGGUUCUGUGUCUGUCAAAGAAUAUCAAGGUUUCAUUCUUAAUGCAGAAACUUUUGGCACUGGAGACGUCAGAACCUUUGUAUUUUCUGUUACAUUAGACAUUAGAGUUAAAAUCUGGAAGUCAGGAAGAGGAAACAGUCCCACGUAGUUGUGAGGUUCACUACCACUGUGUUGAGUUCUGUAUGUCACCAAAUGGCAUUUCACCAUGGAAUGUGCAGGACUGCCCAAUCCUGCCCCAUCUUUGCUGGUAUAGGUGGUCCUGCUAGAGCAGGUCACUGUGGUUCAUGUGCUCCAUGCUCUGGAGCUAAGUGAAUGGUGGGUCCAAGGGGUGUGAUUGAGAAUGUUCUCACAUGCAGACCUGGCAGCAUUGUCCCCACUGAACACAGGUCCCCACUGAACACUGUACUAUGCAGCUGAGUGUGGCUUGGCUAUCUGGACUUCACUGAGAUUACAGCAAGGAUCAGUUCAACAUUUUUUACUUCGUUUUUCAGAACAAGCAUCUGAAAUGGCUUUAGAGGAACACUGAGAAACAAAUGGGAGCGAGGAGCACUGGCAGUUAGAGAUGCAUUUUUGAGUGAUAGCUGAAACCUCAUCCAUUUUACAGUCAUAAGCUUUGUGAGCACUAGUCUCCAAAAUUCAGUGUAUGUUACCUGCAAAUUGUGGCCUUAUGUUGAGAAGAACACUUGGAUUUGAUCAUUUAAAGUAUUAAAAUUCUCUAAACUUUACCAAUCCGUAUCCUAUUGGUGAUGCUGCGCUGCUGCCACCCAAACACAGUGGGCUUUGUAGGUAUCUCAGGUCACCUUGACAACAGACCUUUCUGAUACAAAGACUGCUGUCACAGAUGUGAGCUGCCAGCCCUCAGCUUUAGGUUGUUGAACAGUGUAUGUGAAUAUCUACCCAGUCAUUUCAGAGAUGACUAAGGCAGGUUGUCUUCUCUCUCCCCUCAAAAAAAAGCCAAAAGAGAAAAAAAGAAAAGAACCCAUUCCUCCAGCCUUUGAAAAA